AUGGUGGGGCAUUCUCGCGAAGUUCGGCCACAUUGCCGGGAACAGCAUUGCAAAAAGGGGAGGUUGGCGCCAGAAGUGGAUUUGCUGCUGUCCUGUGACCCUGUCACGACAGAGAAGGUGCAGCGAGUGCUCUCACCGGCCUUGCUGCGUUGGCAGCGGCGCCCGCAGGAAGCCACCAGGGUCCUUGCAAACUUGGCCACCGUGAGGCAUGCAUCGAUGGCGAGACGAGUUUUGAUGUUGAUGCGGAAAAGCCUCGUGGAAUGCAACGUGUUUCAUUUCACUGCUGUCGUCGGUGCUUGUGAGAAGUCAGGACAGUGGACCUGGGCGACCCAGCUUCUUCAGCUCAUGGCCUCAUCCCUUACUGUGCCCAACGCCUACACCUUCAGCUCUGCAAUAAACGCAUGCGAGAGUGGCUCUCGCUGGCUCCAAGCCUCGUCCCUCUUGGCUGAGAUGCUGGUUGCGACUAUCGAAUGCAAUGUUGUGACGUGGGCAUGCGCAUCCUCUGCUUGCGAAAAGGCAGCAGAGUGGCAAUCCGUUCUUCUGCUCCUCUCCGCUCUCGGACACUUACAGGUCCAGAAGGAUGCGAUUUGUGUGAACAGCGGAAUCAGUUCAUGUGAGAAAGCAGCCAAAUGGGAAUCCGCACUGUGUUUGCUGACGGGCAUGAUGGAGGACCGCCUGGUGGCUACGCUCAUCGGUUUCAAUGCAGCGAUCAGUGCUUGUGAGAAGGUUGGUUGA